CAGUUUAAACAGCAAAUCAAACUCGGCAUGAACCUUUGAAUCUUUGUAGAUCAAAGUCCAUCAUCUAACCCAUUUUGUUGUUUUGCAAAUGUUUUUACUGUUUUCAUUCUGGCUCGUGGCAGUGGAAGCAGAACAGCGUCCAACUCUAUCACAAGAGCCCAGCUGAGGGUAUAAAAGUCCCGAGCUGAAGCUGAGACAUCAGUCUCGCCUGAGUACUCGCCGACUCCAAGGGAAAGAGCUUCAACGAACCCAUCAUGGGGGACUCAAAGCUCUGUCUUUUGCUGCUCCUCAGUACAUCUGCCUUGGCUUUUGCCCAAGAUGAAGAUCAGCCCACCUGCCUGCUGGCCAAAAGGUACAAAACUUUACACAAGUAUGAAUACCAAUAUGAAGCUGAAUCUUUGAAUGCCAUCAAUGGAGCCUCACAGCUCAAGAACGGACCCAAGGCCUCUUGCAAGGUUGAAAUUGAAGUACCACAGACUUGUAGUUUCAUCGUCCGAACCACAGGCUGUAGCCUGAGUGAGGUGGUCGACAUGGACGCAGAUGGCAACCCUGUGUUCGGUCCUGCACCCAGCUAUGAUGCCUUUGCUACUGAAAUGGAGAAAUAUCCUCUGAAGGUUGUGGUUGAGGGUGUGUACGAUGUGAAACUGUACCCUGAGGAUGGUGAGACAACAACCAUUCUGAACAUCAAGAGGGGUAUCAUCUCUGCCCUGGCCGUGCCUCUGCUGGAAGAAGACAAGAAUAGGAACAUGCCCACUAUCCACGGCAAGUGCAAGACCUAUUACACCGUCAAUGCUAGAGAGGAUAUUGCAACUGACAUCAGCCUCAACAGGGAUCUGUCCAGAUGUGACAAAUUUGUCCCAAUCAGAGAUCACAACAGCCCACUGGCACUUAUAUCUGGCAUGCACUACCCUCUUGCCCAGCUGGUCAGAAGCUCACAGAGCUGCAACUACAAGUUCGACAAUGAGAAGAAACACAUGACCUCUGGGUCCUGCACUGAGAAACACAUCCUCAUUCCCUUCUCUCACAAUGGAGAAUAUGGAGUUACAAAUGUUGGAAAUCAAGAAGUGACUCUGGUUCAGGUUUCUCCUCACAAUGAAAGAGUCUUUGAACGCAGUGACAUUGUCAAGGGUCUUCACAUGGAGGCUGUCGAGGACAAGAAUGCUGUCCAGGACAAAGAUGCAGGUCUGAACCUCCUGAAUGAACUGGCCACUCUGCCUGAGACUGAGGGUGAGAGGAGGGCCCACCUCUUCCACAAGCUCGUCACCAUGGUCCGUGGAAUGAAGGCUGAGACCCUGAUUCCCGCCAUUCCUGAGGCUCUUGCAAUGUCCCGUGUCCUGACCUACCAGGUUCUGGUCCAGUGCGGAACUCCUGAGUGCAGCAGCGCCAUCAUGCAGAUCCUCAGGACCUUUGACAGCUCCUCCCUCGAAGUUGAUGCCAGUGUUUUUGCUAUGGGACUCAUAUCCAAUCCUUCUGCCCUCCUGAUCAAUGACAUGCUUGAGAUGGCCAAAUACAAACACAGCAAGCCCAUCAUGUAUGCCCUGAGCAAUGUUGUCAAAAGGUAUUACAAAGCUGAAGGAAAACUGAUCCCAGAGAUUCACUCUGUUGCUGAGUUCAUGGCUGCCCAGUUGGGUGACUGUUCUGAUGACAGUGACAAAACCUUCAUGACGCUGAGAGUUAUUGGAAACAUGGCUUCAGCUGUGGGACCUGCUAGUCCUGCACUCAGAGCCGCUGUGAUCCAGUGUGUGAACCAACCUGCAGCUUCCCAGGCUGUGCAGGAGGCUGCCAUUCAAGUGUACAGGUUGACUCCCGUCCCAGACGAGGCCAGAGAGGUUCUCAUGCAGGUACUUUUGGACAAUGCCAGUCCCAUGCAAAAGCGUAUUGCUGCAUAUCUGGUACUUAUGAAGGACCCCCAGCCCACUGAACUGGCACAGCUGGCUAAUGCCUUGCCCAAUGAGCAGGACCAACAAGUCAAGAGUUUUGUGAUCUCCCACAUUACCAACAUUUUGUCUUCAACUGACUCAGAGACCCAACAACUAAGACAGAAGAUCCGUGAUGCCCUGCAGGGUAAUGAGAUCGGGCCCAUCAUGGACCCAACCAAGUUUUCUCGCAACUACAAGAUCGGAUCUGUGGAGGGCAACAUGAUCUUUGAGGGUACCAGCUACCUGCCAAAGGAGGUCAUGCUUGAAAUGACUCUGAAGGCAUUUGGCUAUGACAUUGACAUGAUGGAGAUUGGUAUGGAGGGAAAAGGAUUUGAGCCAACUGUUGAUGCCCUGUUUGGAGAGAAUGGCUUCUUCCCCGACACUGCCCUGAAGACAAUGUACUUUGUGUCUGACAACAUGCCACUCAGAGUCACUGAGAUCCUGCAGAACAUGCUGCCUGCUCUGAAGAAGGACAGAAUGAAGAGACAGGCCUCCCAGAACCUGAUGAGGGACAUCGGACGCAACUUCAACAAACUUGUGAGGGAAAUUAAGACAGAGUCUCCCGAGGCAAUGGUUUACCUGAGACUUUUGGGAAAUGAGUUGGGAUAUCUGAAGACCAAUGAAAUCACAGAGAUGGCCUACUCUGCUGUCAUGAUGAUUGACAGCAUGUUCAAGAUGUUCCCAACUGAUCUAAUGAAGGCACUGAUGACCAAGGAUGACAACACAAUCUUUGCCCACUACAUCUUCAUGGACAAUGAAUUCUUCCUGCCUACUGUCACUGGUGUGCCUCUGAGGAUUGCACUGUCUGGUACUUUCACCCCUGGCAUCAAGGGUGGACUUAAGAUUGCUCCUGACAUGAGUGACGUCACCUUCAUGCCCUCUGCUGGAAUUGAGUUUGUAACUCAGGUUGGCUCCCACAUCCCUGAAUAUGUCAACUCUGGAUUAGAGAUGCACACCAGCAUUUUUCACGAGAGUGGGCUCAGUGCCAAGAUCUCCGUGGGUCGUGACAAUCUAAAGCUGACCAUCCCUGCUCCACCAAGUCCAACAAAGCUCAUCAAAAUGACAAACACCCUGGUGGCAGUGACUGGAUUAGAGGUGAAGACCAUUCCCCCUAUGGUGAUGGACAAGGUUGACUUUAGUGAGUGCACUCCCUUCUUUGCUGGAAUGAAAUACUGUACUGAUCUGCAGUACAUUGAUGCUUUCUCUCAAGAGACGACCCCCUACUUCCCCUUCACUGGAGACAGCAAAUUUGCUGUGGAGCUUCAUCCCACUGGUGAAGUCACUGAGUACACAGCCACUGUUGCCUACGAGCUCCUCAGGGAGGGAGAAGAAGGCCGGCAGAAGGUUGACUCUGUGAAGGUCAUUCUAAGGGCUGAAGGUGCAGAUCCCACUGAAGCCAGAGCAAUCAUGAAAUAUAACAGAAAGAAGAAUGUCAUCACAGCUGACAUCCAGAUCCCUGACUACGAUGUGGAGGCUGGAGUCAGGCUGGGUGUUGUUGAUGGAAACACUAAGGGCAAAGGAACUCACUCCAUCUCUCUUGACUUGCUAAACAAGAACAUCCCUCAGCUCUCCUUGGUUGGCCGUGCUAAUCUGAAGGCCAUGAAGGAAGGUAUGCUGCAAGUCCAACUUCUUGUACCCUCGAUCAAUGCUGACGCCUCUGUCACAGCUAACUUGAAACGUGAUGAAGAGUUGGAAUUGGAGCUUAAGAGUGAAAUCAAGUUUGCGGACAUCACCUCUGAGCAGGAAAUUGCAAUUAAAUAUGAUGUCAGCAAGGUUGAGGUUGAGGUCAAGUCUGAUGUGAACACUAAGACCACCAGCGUGCCAAUGACUGAUAUAGUUGAGAAGUAUGGCAACCAACUUCUUGACACGCAGGUGGGGCAGACCGACAUGAAGGUCCGUCACAUCUUCAAGAAGUUUGUGGAGGCAGGAAAGAAUUACAUGGAAAAGUAUGGUGUUGAUAUCCCUUUUAUUCAGAACUUCCGAGUACCUGAAAUGCCUGACAUUUCUGUGCCAGAGACACUGUUCCUGAAUACUGAGGCAAAGGCUGUCUACCACUUCAAUGACGAGCAACUCACCAUUGCUAUCCCACUCCCUUUUGGAGGAAAGUCAACAGAAGAGCUUAACUUCCCACCAUCUCUGACCACACCUCACAUGUCUGUUCCCCAGUUUGGACUGGAGAUCGUCUCCAUGAAGAUUCCCAUCCCAGAGCUCGCUGUCCCUGAAAGUCUUAUUUUGUCUAUUCCUCUUUUUGGCAAAGCUGAGGUUUCAACUCUGAUGAGAAGCAACCUAUAUGACAUGGAAGCCUCAGUGGCUGUUGGCAAAGAUGUUGUAGAGACACCAAGCUACUCAGCUAAGUUUGAUGUGAAAGGAACCUCCCCAGUUGACAUCCUCUCCAUAAACAUUGAAGGCUCAGGAAUGUUGGCCACCACUGAUUCCAUCAAGGCCCAAUUGAAAAGCUCUUUGGCCCAUAAAUUCAUUGAAGCCAGUAUUAGUAUUGUUGAGGAUGCAACCAUCACAGACAAAAUCAAUUUGAAGUCAAGCAGCAAGAUUGAAGCCACAAGCCCGUUUGGUCUCAGUAUUGAACUAGAGCACACUGGUAUGGCUGGAAUCAACACUGAAGAAAUCUCUGCUGAUAGCAACUUUGAGGGAAUGUUCAAGGCUGGACCCAUGUAUGCCAAGACCAUUUCUAUCCAGUCAUUCAGCAUCUUCCCAUUCUGGCCAGAAGCAAAGAUUGAUUCCACUGUUCAGAUUGACUCCACCAUUGUUAAGGCCCAAAACACAAUUAAAGCAACCCUUUCCAAUGGUGAAUUCUCACUUGGGUCUGCCACCAACGUCUUUGAAGACACCUUGACCCAUGUUGCUGAGCUUUCCUUCAAGGACAACAGGCUGUCACUGAAAUGUGAUGCAAAUGCCCUUACUCUUGGUAUGAAGAUCCGCAACCAGGCUGAAGCCUCUGUUGGUGCUGGGGAAGUCGCUAUGAGAAUGGAGACAAAUGCAGACCACUCUGACAACCGUGUUUACUCACUGCUGACUGCCUCUCUUGAUGUCAAUGGUCUAGAUUUAAACAGUGAUGCCACCGUGAAGCUUCUUGAGAAUGAGGCUACUCACAAGGCUACUCUGAGAAUGAACAAGGACGGGUUGACCACAAGUGGAACAACCACUCUCCAGAGCCCCCUGUCCUUGGAAAACACCUUCAAUGCUGGGCUUGAUGCUUCAAGGGCUACUCUAUCCAUUACUAACAAAGCUGCAAUUCAUGACAUCAAGGUAGAUAAUGCCAACACUCUUGUAAUUACUCUCUCUAGUCUUGACUUCAACUCAAAGGCUGAAGCUACAAGUGAGUAUGCCUCUUACACCCAUGAUGUCACCAUUGACGUAAAACCCUACACUGCGUCUGCAAAUGUUAAUAACAACCUGAAACUUCUGGCGGCCAACUUCAUUAAUGAGGCUCACCUGCAGGCAGAGCUGUACAAGAUGGACCUGACUGGAAGCCUGAAAGCCAUCUAUGGUGAGGAAGAGAUCAAGCAUACCUAUCUGGUAAAUUAUGAUGAUAUGACUACUAAUGUAAAGUGCAGCACCACUGGAAAACUCUUUGGAACUCACAUGAGCCACAACACCGAGCUUGAAGUUAUCGGUCUUGCUGCCAGGAUCACCAACAAUGCCCGCUUCAACUCACAGCUAAUGCGCUUUGACCACACCAUCCAUUGCAGUUUUGUGCCUUUUGAUUUCAACCUUGAUGCCAUUUUCAAUGCUGAUGGAGACAUGUCCAUGUAUGGAAAGCACAGUGCCCAGAUCUAUGGCAAGUUCCUCCUCAAUGCACAACCCUUGGCUUUUGCUAGCUCACAUGAAUGCAGAGCAUCAGUUACCCAGCGGCUAGAUAAUGGUUUUUCCCUUGAGACCACAUUUGACAACAAGAUGGAUAAUGUUCUGUCACUCCAAGAGCAGAAGUCCAGUUUUAGACUGAGGUCUAAAGUAAACGAGCAUGCUUUUAAUCAGGGCAUGAGUGUUUACAAUGAACCGGAGAGAACAGGAAUUGAGGUUUCUGGCACCAUCCUCACAAACAUACUCAACACCGCCUCUGCAGAGAACCAGGAAUUCGCCAUCUCUGGCUUCCUCAAGUAUGACAAGAACACAGAUAGUCACAUAAUUCAGUUCCCUCUUAUUGAAAAUCUGCCUGCCUUUUUGGAGAACAUCAAGGGCAUUGUUGUAUAUAUUGCAGAGGGAUUGCAAAACUACAUCAACAAUGAGGAGAUAAGGGCUAAACUUGAGGCUCUUCCCCAGCAUGUGAGUGACUUUGUUUCUCAGAUGAAUAUAGAAGGCAACCUAAUUAAGCUGAAGCAGUAUUUCAAUAAUUUCGCCCAAGAAUAUGUCAUCUCCAUGGAGGAUGUAGAAGCCUCUUUGAGAAACCUGAAGGUUUCUGUUGAGAAACUGCUGGCUGAUCUCACUGUUUACAUCCAAAACUUUGCUGGUAUGGCGAAGGACAUUUUUGCUAGUGGCACCCUCCCAGACACCCUCAUUCAGAAGACCCAGCAACUGCUUAAUGCCAUUAAUGAGGAGUAUGACAUAAAGGCUAUCGUUAUCUAUGUAAUUGAUACCAUGAGGGAGAUGAUCCAACAGAUUGACCUGGAAAAGCUGAAGGGCAGCAGCAUCUCAUUCCUUCAUGAUAUUGAUGCAAAGUAUGAAAUCGUGGCUAAACUACAGACAAUCAUGACUGAGUUGAAAGAAACGAUUGAGUCCGUUGACAUGCAGGCAUUUGCUGCUGAGCUGAAGAGGUACAUUUUAUCCAUCAACUUUAAAGCUCAUAUUGAGGAAUUACUGAGUCAGAUUCCCACAGAAAUGUUCAGUGAUAUAACAAAUUAUAUUAGGGAAUUUAUUCAGGACUUUGACAUCCUCGGUAAGAUCCACACAUUCUAUGCCAAGAUCAGAGAAUUGAUUGUAAAGUUUGAGGCUGACAGAAAGGUUCAAGCUGCCUUGGAAAAGGUUGUGGAGCUCAUCAAGAAGUUCAGAAUUGAGGAAACCAUCAGUGUCUUUGCCGAGAUGGUAAAGGACAUCCCGACCACAUUCAUGCAGGUAUUCGAUAGUGCUAUCAUCUACUUGAAAACAACUGAUGUUAAGGAUAUAAUUCAAGGGCUGAAAAUGUGCAUUGAAAUUGUUGUGCAGACACUGAAUUCAUUGGACUACAAUUCCUUUGUUGAGAAUGCCAAUCAAAUUAUUGCUUGGUACACAGUUUAUGUGAAUGAGCUAAUCAGGGAUCUUGAAAUACCCCAGAAACUUGAGGCAACAAUAGAUUUUAUCAACCAUGUCUUAUCUCUUGGUAGAGUCUUUAUGGAACACCUGAGAGAAAUCAAAGUUGCACAAUCUGUAACGGUUGUGUUUGAUAACCUUAAAGAAUUUGCUGAAUUUAUAAAACAAAAAAUUACAAACUUUGAUGCCAAAGCUGAUAUUACCUCUUAUCUGGCCUUUGUGAGUAAAUACUACACAAGAGUCAUAACUAUCAUCACAGAUACGUUCACUAAUGUGUUUGAAAUGAUUAAGAAAGUGGCACCUGAGCAAAAAAUCAUCAGCGAGAUUCAACAAAUCAUUUUUGGACUCACUGCUGAACUCAGGAAAGCUGAGUUAAACACGCCUUCCUUCAUCAUUCCUUUCACUGAUCUUGUUGUGCCUUCAAUGAAGUUCUGUAUGGAUAAGCUUGAACAGUUUGAGAUCCCAACACAGCUGGACAUUCCUGAGUUCACAAUCCUGAGCUUCCACACUGUAAAAGCCACCACAAUUUCCUUUGAUGACAUCAAGCAGAGAAUCAUUGAAGUUAUUAAUUUCUUUAUAAACUUUGGAAACAAAAUGCGUGAUGUAGAUGCCAUCUUUGAAGACCUGACUUUGAACUACCUUCCUUCAAUGCCUGAGAUAACCCUCCCAGAAAUCACUCUUCCUGAGGUUUCAUUCCCUACAAUCCCACAAGUCCCUGCAGAAAAGCUUGUUAAGUCUCUUCAGGUUCCUAAGAUCAAGCUGCCAACCAUUCCAAGUGAGAUCAUGGUCCCAUGCUUUGGUAAACUCUAUGGUGAGAUCAAAUUCCAUAGUCCCAUCUACACCGUCAAGACGUCUGCUGAGUUCCAGAACUCCACUCAGGAUGAAAUUAAUCCUAUAUUCACUGGAGUCCUUAAUUCCGAGGCCACAUCUUCAAGUUUUGAAAUUCUCAAUUACAAACUUGACUCCACUGCUCGUAUUGCAAUCCCAAAAAUGAGCCGUGUUGUAUUUGCAGAGACUCUUAAAUUUAACCAUCUUGCUCUUGGAGUUGAACAUCAGGCAUCUGUAACUCUCUAUGGCCCAUCAGCCAUGGCCCAAGUCAAAACUACAAUUAAGGUUACCACUACACCGUACAGAGCUGACUUCAUGGAGAUAGCCUUUAUUGGUAUAGAAGAAGGAAUGUCUGCCUCUCUCGAUACAGCUUAUACUCAUGUUCUGGACCUCCCAAGUGUUGAUGUCAAAAGUGAGGUUACUUUAACCCAGAAAGCAACUGUUCGUCAAGAUGGCUUCACCCUCACUCUAGCAGCUGACCAUUCAGCCACUGGCAAGUUUAAUGAUGAUGAUGGCAACCACAAGAGCAACUUGAAAAUGUCCCUCUCUCCAAGCACUUUCACUCUAACUUGCUCUGGUGAUACAGACUCUACCAUCUUAAAGAUGAAACAGCAUAUUACUGCUGAAUCUGGCACCUUCUCAUACAUCAAGUUUAAUGUCCGCAAUGAGGCAGAGUCAUCAGUCAUUAAGAACAGUACUUUUGUGGCAUCUGGACAAGGCAACCUUUAUGAUUUGAAGGUUGAGCUGAAAGCAACCCAUCACACAGAACUGUCUGGUACGGUCACUGGAGUCCUGUCCAAUGAACUCAACCUUGUAGCCCGUCCUGUUGAAUUUCUCUUUGAAUUCCAAAACAAAGGAAAUGCCAAGGUCAACAUUUUUAACGAGCUGUCUGCUAAGAUAGAUCUGCAGAAUGAUUACUCAGCCAUCUUCAAACCCGACAGCCAACAGUUAAACACCUUAGCUCUGGCCCGUCUUAAUCAGUACAAAAUGUUCUACAACUUCACUGUUGACAAUAAUGAAAAUGAGGCUGGCAUCUUUGUUGACAUGGAAAGUGAGGCCAAUCUUGACUUCCUUACAUUCCCCAUCAGCAUUCCUGAGAUUGACCUGCCUUUUGUUGAUAUCCGUACUCCAGCUAUCAGUGACCUGAACUUGUAUGAGCAGACUGGACUGAAUAACAUUUUGACGACCACUGAGCAGACUGUGGAUGUGGAUGCCAAGGUUGUUUACCAGAAAAGCCAGGCUGGCCCUGUUGUUGAUAUGAUGGGUCUGAUCCAGAUUCCCUCUGUGGGUAAUCUGAUCACAGAGCUAUCUUUCAAAUCUGCCAUCAUUAAUCUGAAUGUCAAUGCUGGACUGUAUGCUGAGGAUGAUCUCGUGUUCCGUCUGGGAGCUUCCACAGCCUCUGUGUUUGAGGGUCUAAAAGCCAAACUUGAUGGCACCACCAGUCUGACCACCAAGAGAGGAAUCAAGUUGGCCAAUUCCCUGUCCCUUGAAAAUCGUCACAUUGAAGGCACUCAUGACAGUACAGUCAGUUUGAGUACUGAGACUUUUGAAAGUGCUGUAUCUGUGGCUACUUUUGCAAAGAUUGCCUUGCCUAUUCUCAACCUGGAGGCAAACCAAAAUCUGGUUGCAGACACCAAAAGCAAACUAAACGCUGUCUCCACCCUGAAGAUGACAGGGGAUAUCAACAUCCCCGUGAUCAAGGCUGUUGGAAAGGCUGAGACAGACCAAAGUCUGAAGCUGGAGGGAACCCUUGACUAUGUUUCCUUGGAGUCAUCUACAAAGGCAAACAUGGAUGGAACAGUGCUUGAUGACUAUCUAGUUUUGGGAGUCCUGGAUAACGACGUUAAUCUGUAUCUGAACAAUAAUGGCCUACGCUCCACCUCCAAAAUGAUUGCUGAUGCCAAGGUUAACCACGGCACCACCAAAAUCAUUGGCCUGGAUGUAAAUGAGAAUCUUGCUGUUGAAGCCUCCCUGAGCCGUGUGUAUGCAGUGCUGAAGUAUACUAGCAACAACGAAGCAAACUUCUUUAAUUUCAACACCAAUGGGAAGCACAUUGCCCAGGCUGCAAUUGAUAUUGCACCAACCUUUUCCUUUACUGCUGAUGUUGAAAUAGAUAUAUCUCAGCCAAGCAGCCUGGGUGACUUCACCAUCUAUAAGAAAGCUGCUGCUGAAGUGACAGCUGCCAAGCAGAAGUUCUCUAACAAUGUAAAGUUUGUCAGCCCACUGUACACCACAAACCUGGCAGCUGAAGCAGAGGGCAUUGCUCCUGUCUUCACAUUCACCUCAAAGUCCUCUGCCACCUCUGUCAUUGUGCUCUUGGAAUAUGACAUGGAUGCUUCUUUUACUGCAAACUUUGAGAAUGAAGCUGUGAACAUGAUUACCAAGGUUGACCUAACACAUGCUGACCUGAGCUUGGAUGUCAACCAUGUCAUUACCCAAGCCCUGAGGAGAAAGCGCCAGGCUGAUGACAGUGCCUCUCGCCACACCUUGAAUGUGGACAUCACCAGUCCUACAUUCACUGAUGUGAACCUUCGUUAUGCUGCUCGCAGAGAUGCUAUCAGUGCCUCAGUGUCUACCCCCUCCAGUGGCUUCCUGGGCCUUCAGUUCAGUGGCAAAGUCCCAUCUCAGAUGAUUGCAAGGGUCUAUGGUCGUUAUCCUUCUGCCCCAGAGGUUGAUGUUGACAUCUUGGUCAUCAGAUCAUCUUCUAAGGAUGCUGAUAAGAUGAACCUGCAGAUUGCCUACAACAUGGAGGCACCCAAAGAAAUGCUCUAUGAACUCAAGACAAGACUCCCUUCUAUCAUCUCUACAGUCACAAUGUUUGCUGACAAGUACCAGAUCACAAGGAACAUGGAAGAGUUGAAAAACACUUUUGUUAACCGCAUCAGUGAGGCCUAUGAUGCUGCAAUCAACUAUGACGCUCGACUGACCGAGCUGUCAAUCUUCUUCAGGAACAUCAUUGUCCAGUACCAGAAAACUGUCCAGGUCUUUCUGGAUGCUGUCAUCAAGGGCUUGAGGGAGACCCAGUUCAAACUGCCAAACUCUGAUGAGAUGACCACUCUCCCUGAGGUCCUAAAGAAGCUGACCAGCAGCAUUGCUGCUGUGCUAGAGAUGACCCUCCAGAGAAUCUAUGAAAACACAGAGGUCUACUAUAACUCCUUUCUUGAGAACAUCAACAGUGUAAAAUUAAAUAUGCCAGUCGGCGAUGCAAUCACAGUAGGCCAGAUUUUGGAUCAGGUCAAAACAGCUUUCAAGAAAAUCUUUGAUGAACUGGUGGACUUUGUGAAAAAUAUGGAGAGUCUUGACACAAUGCUGGUGAAAAUGGGUGAGACCCUUAAGGCUGUUGUUGAGAAAUCACAGGAGUUUGUUGAUUCUGUCAAUUCUGACUAUUUAGAUGCAGUGUUCAUCAACAUCAAUGAGCUCUAUCGUAAAUUAAUCACAGUCACAAAGAACGUUGUUGAACAGAUCUCUGCCCUAAAUAUGGAGCAGCUCAGCAAUGCAUAUGAAUUCAUUAUAGACAUGUUCAUUCAAAUAGUUCACCAGUUCAAUAUCACUGUUCAUGGUUUGCUGCAGCAAGCUUCAGAGGAGGCUCAAGCCUACAUGAAAGUUAGUGAUGGAAGGCUUGAGAUUGACCUUCCAUUUCCCUUCCAACAGUGAGGAACCCUCAAACUGUGGCAAGUAUGGACAAUUAGCUCUUUAACCAUAUUUAUAAUAAUGAGUUUAACAAAAACACCUGUAACAUUUUAAUUUGGAUGGUGUAUUGUGUACAAAGAUUGAAAAUGUAAAGUUUUACUGAAACUCUCCUUCCUCAAAAGAGUGAAAGAUGUCAAUAAAAUACAUUUUAUUGAAAUCUGUAAA